GGUUUAACAUAUCGUAUACGAAAUCAAACUAUGAUCUGAAUAUCAAAUUGGUGUCCUAUAGUGUGUCAAACUGGAAAAGUUGGAGCCCUCUGGUGUCAAAGUGUAAACACACACUCUUCACAUUCUUGGCCGGAGACACUUGACAAAGAUUCCGUUCCGUGGAAGCUGUGGACUUGACACAGUGGGCUGGUGUGUCGUUGUGACCGUGACGUCAAAGGAGGCUACGAUGAGAGACGGCGUGCGCUUAAAAGCGAUGCGGAGGCUUGUGGUUUGUUGCACGGAGCCAUCCGAAUCAGUCAGAGGACGCCAAGAUGCUGUGUUUGAGCCUCGCACCCAUCGCUCUACUACUGCAAGUGCUCGUGGUUUACGGGGCCAGAUGGGGUUACACAAGCUCAAAUGGAGAGAGACACUGGCACACACAUUUUCCCUACUGUGCUGGACCAAUGCAGUCUCCAGUUGACUUCAAGACAGGGAAGCUCGUCUUUGACUCAUCUUUACGCCCAAUUGUGCUCGAGAACUACAAUCUGACGGGCGGCAGCCAUCUUACUCUGAAAAAUAACGGACAUUCAUUCCAAGUAGUACUUCCCUCAGCGAUGACCAUUUCUGGCCUCCCUCAACGCUACACUGCAGCUCAGCUCCACAUUCACUGGGGCUCCAAAAACAAUCCUCUGGGUUCGGAGCACACGGUUGACAGUAAGCAGUAUGCUGCAGAGCUGCACAUUGUUCACUACAACUCCGAAAAGUAUCCCAAUGUAUCCAUGGCUUUUGACAAAUCUGACGGUCUGGCUGUACUGGGCGUUUUCAUCGAGAUUGGGGCCUUCAAUCCAGGCUAUAACAACAUUCUUUCAUAUCUUACUAAAAUCCCCAAAAGAUCAAACAGGUAUAAGAUUCCCGCUUUUGACGUCAGACAGCUGAUGCCUCAGCGCCUGGAUGAGUAUUUCCGUUACGACGGUUCUCUGACUUCACCGCCUUGCUAUCAAAGUGUGCUGUGGACAGUGUUCAAGAAUCCUGUCACCAUCUCUCAAGCUCAGUAUGACAAACUAACGGCAAGCCUCUGGGCCAACCAAGCGACCGCCGUGCCUCUUGUUAACAACUUCAGGGGUCCACUCCCGAUUGAGAACCGUGUUGUCCUGGCUUCCUUUAUGCAAGGAGUGACUACCCGUAUGUCAUCUAAGUGCAUCUCCCAGAGGAAGGCACUCGUUCGCCAAUUAUUGGUGGGUGAUUUGGAUGAGGUCAUUGAAAGUAGGCAACUGCCCAAAAGUACCUACAAGUUGCUCUCCCAGAAGUAUACGCAAGCAGAAUCAAAGCAACCAAUGAGUAAAUAUAAGUCGUCAGUUAAUAGGGCAUCUUCGUUGAAGAACAUGAUUCAGCCGACAAUGGCCUUUGGCUCGUUGCUGCAGCAAAAGUCCCUGGAGAUCCAACAGUCCACCAUCGGCAAGAACUUGUCCGUUUCUCUGGCUGAGGCCGUUCUCCCUAAGCUCAAUAUCAAAAGCUUCCUGAGCUGCAAGGCGGACCUGGCUCCCGCGACCAUCAAGUAUCUCUUGAGUGGACGGCCCCUGUGGCAGAAAGACGAGGAUUUCCAUUUGCUUGACCCCUACCUCGGUAGUUACACAAUGCAUCCUUGGCUUUUGCAAAGGGAGUGGGAGGACUAGAAAGAUUCCCUCAAGUCACUUUCUGUAGCACACAUCAACCGUGUGUGGCUAGCAUAGUCAAAGUUGAAUUUUUAGUCGUGCUCUGCGUUCUCUUGCAUGUCAUCUGUUCUAACUAAUAUUAUUACGAUUAAAUUAUUGUUUACAAUUUGUGCACAUAGAAAAUAGUUUGGUGAUCAUUUCUAUUCUCAAACAAGCCCAUAUUGAACUGUCAUUACGACAAAGAUUGUUUGUAUUACGAAAUGAUACAGAAUGAGUUAUGCCUUUACAUUGUCUUUGAAAAGCUUGAAA